ACAGUGAGUAGGAAGCCAUUUUUGAUUUGACAAACAUUAAUAAAGAAAUACUUUAUUUUUUAAGGUAAGUAUUAAGAAUGAGUAUUCGUAUAUUUGUUCGGAAACACCAGCGAAUGUGCGAAGCCAGUAAAAUGCUGUCUGGACCAGCCUAAUAAUUAUCUAUAUAAUUAAAAGUAAUUAACCCACUAACAUUCUGUCCAUAUUCUAAGGUUUAUUAUUCAAAAACUACAUAUAAAACGAUGUAAAAGUCAUGAGAGUGAAUGAACAGGUCGAACAGGUCUGUGAAUGUUCUAUCUUCUCAUUUGUUGAUGCGUUUUACCAAAAUGUCAGGAUUUCACCCAGCUUUAGAAAACACUCAUUUUGCCUGUUCUUUUCAGUUUGGUCUCGCUUCACAUCUUCCCCACCCUCGUCCUCGGCCUUCUGCCCCCACCCACACUUUCCCUUACUUAAGCUGUGGUGAUGGUUAUUGGAGGCAGCUGCCUAGACUUGUUCUCUGACUGUGUGUAUAUACAUGUGUAUGCGUACAUUUAUGCCUGUGUGUUUAUGUGGUUGGCAAACAGCUGUGAAGGAAGGCCAGUAGACGUAGGCAUGCUUGGGCAGUGAAGGGGGAGUGGAAGCUCCCCCGCAUUAUUUCUCUAACCGUGCGUUCUUGGCCCCUCCUCUUAGCUCCAUAUAUUCCAGCCUGAACAAAAGCCCUCUCAGACAGGCACUCCAUCCAUUACUCACCAGCUCCCUGCUGGUUUCUGUGGGGAAAGACAUAGGUACGAUCAGUAGUUCUCUUUGGAGAGAACUUGGAGUAUGCCACUGCGGACCCUACCAUCUAAGAGCAGCUUUGAAGAAGACUGGGGUAGGCUGACCGGCCCAUUGGGCCCCAGACUUCAGGACGUGGCUCGCUAUAACCUUCCAGAAGCCCUGCACAGGCCAUUUGGGCUGGACUCGGCUGCGCUGACGGAGGCUGUACGUUGGAGCUCUAAGGAGAACCUGCUGGGAGCUACGGAGAGUGACCCCAACCUCUUUGUCGCACUUUACGACUUUGUUGCUAGUGGCGACAACACAUUAAGCAUUACAAAAGGAGAGAAGCUGCGGGUGCUGGGCUACAAUCAGAAUGGGGAGUGGAGUGAAGUUCGUUCUAAGAACGGUCAGGGCUGGGUCCCCAGUAACUACAUCACUCCGGUGAACAGUCUAGAGAAACACAGCUGGUACCAUGGGCCCGUGUCCCGCAGCGCUGCAGAGUACCUGCUCAGCAGCCUCAUCAACGGCAGCUUCCUGGUUCGGGAGAGCGAGAGCAGCCCUGGGCAGCUGUCCAUUUCACUGCGCUACGAGGGCCGCGUCUACCACUACCGCAUCAACACAGCCUCCGACGGCAAGGUAUAUGUAACAUCAGAAAGUAGGUUUAGCACAUUAGCCGAGCUGGUCCAUCAUCAUUCCACUGUAGCGGACGGCCUGGUGACCACACUCCACUACCCUGCUCCAAAAUGCAACAAGCCCACAGUUUAUGGCGUCUCCCCCAUCCACGACAAAUGGGAGAUGGAACGUACAGACAUCACCAUGAAGCACAAGCUAGGAGGAGGCCAGUAUGGCGAGGUCUAUGUGGGUGUCUGGAAGAAGUACAACCUCACUGUCGCUGUUAAAACACUCAAGGAGGACACUAUGGAAGUGGAGGAGUUUCUGAAAGAGGCUGCUGUCAUGAAGGAGGUGAAACACCCCAAUCUGGUGCAACUGCUAGGUGUUUGUACUCUGGAGCCUCCAUUCUACAUAGUGACGGAGUACAUGCUUCACGGCAACCUGUUGGACUACUUGCGCGAGUGUGAUCGAGAGGAGGUGAACGCAGUAGUGCUGCUCUACAUGGCCACUCAGAUUUCCUCUGCCAUGGAGUACCUGGAGAAAAAGAACUUCAUCCACAGGGAUCUGGCAGCACGGAACUGUCUGGUAGGGGAGAAUCAUGUGGUUAAGGUGGCUGAUUUUGGCCUGAGUCGCUUGAUGACGGGAGACAUAUACAAAGCCCAUGCUGGAGCCAAGUUCCCAAUCAAGUGGACUGCACCAGAGAGCCUGGCUUACAAUACCUUCUCCAUCAAAUCAGAUGUCUGGGCAUUUGGAGUGCUGCUAUGGGAGAUUGCGACCUACGGUAUGUCUCCCUACCCUGGUAUUGACCUGUCUCAGGUAUAUGACCUGCUGGAGAAGGGCUACCGUAUGGAGCAACCAGAAGGGUGUCCCCCUAAAGUCUACGAGCUUAUGAGAGCAUGUUGGCAGUGGAGCCCACUGGACAGGCCAUCUUUUGCAGAAAUCCACCAGGCCUUUGAGACCAUGUUCCAUGACUCCAGCAUAUCAGAAGAAGUGGCAGAGGAGCUGUGUAAGACUGCCUCUUCUGGUAAGGGUGGGGCAGUGCAUGCGUUCGGCCAUGACCAGCCCCUCCUGCCCUGUAAGUCACGUCCACAGAAGAAGCACUCGGACAAUAAGGAGAACAUGGAGGGGCUGGACGGCCAGCAGGAGCCUGGAGCCCACGGCCCUGCAGGCCUUGCUGCAUCCCUGCUGGCGGGUGAUAGUCGUUCUGGCAGCUCUCCCGCUCUGCCCCGCAAACAGCGAGACAAAUCUCCUUCCAGCCUGCUCGAUGACCCACUGGAUGCCAGCUUUACUCGCGACCGCAAAGCCGGAUUCUUCAGCUCCUUCAUGAAGAAGAAGUCCAUGUCGUCAUCCUCGUCCUCUUCCUCGUUUCAGCCUCAGCACAAUCCUCCCAUGCCCCCAGAGAGGAGCAACUCCUUCCGUGACAUGGAAACGCAGCCACACAAAAAGUAUGAUCCUGCAGCCGGUUUCGGCGCUCCUCCUUCACUACCCCAGACGGAUGGUUUGGGCUUCUCUCCGUCUCACGGAGAAGUCAACCAUGUCCAGUCACGCUGCUGCGGUGCCACAUUUGGACAGAAACCCUCGGGGUCAAACUCCUCUGGAGGCACCUCUUCACAGGUGGGCAGCAGCAGUAGCUGGGCAGGCCUAGCAGGCUUCUUUACCCCCCGCCUUAUUAAAAAGACCCUGGGUUUACGAACUGGGAAACCCUCUGGAACUGAUGAUUCUGGGGGACAAGCCAAGCCUUUCCCUCGGUCUAACUCUACUUCAUCUAUGUCUGCUGGCCUGCCAGAUUUGGAGCGUAUGGCUUUAACGUUACCCAGGAAUCGUAGCAAACCAACAUUGGAGCGCACAGCCUCCACUGCUUCACAGCCGGAGAAUGGCGCCGCCCGACCUCCGGACAUUCUGCAGAAGAAGCUGGACGAGGGUACGGCACAGAUCCGGGAAAGGCCUAAAGCCAAGCUCCUGCCUCGUGGUGCGUCGGGAGGAGUUAGGGCGCCAGGGGUAGGGGGCGAAGCAGAGUCAGAUGCCUGUCGGGGUAGAGAUGGGCAGGACGACAGACUAGGCUGGCCUUCUCCAUCGAAAACUUCCACAACAGGAUCCACAAUGGGUCCACACAACCACAAAGUCCCAGUUCUGAUCUCGCCGACCUUAAAGCACAGCCCAGCUGAUGUGCACUUGGUUGGGGUGGACUCUCAGGGCAACCGCUUCAAGCUGCUGGCUGAUGCCAGCAGUGAUCGGCCACGACUUAUCAAGCCCAAGUGCGCCCCCCCUCCUCCGCCCACACUUCUACGUUCCCUCCAGCACGCCUACAGUGCAGAUGGAGCUGAAGAAGUCUCUAGUGGUCCGGAGGUGAAUGGAGAUGGCGUCAAAAGGUCAGGGAGAGGGGCAGGAGGAGCACGACCGUGCAUUCCACCACCGCAAGUGCCUCCAGUGCUCUCUGGCUCCUCUGGUAGCACAACCACAACUGCCCCGACCAAGAUGGCCAACGGUGCCUCUGGUGGCUCAGCCCCUGCCUCCUCCAAACUGACGCUGAGACGGACUCGGCAGCAGGCGGAACGUGUGCCCCUGGAGAAGAUCAGCAAGGAAACUCUGUUGGAGUGUGCAGAGUGCCUGAGCAAUGCUCUCCACAGCAGCACUGAACCCUCCUCCAGCAGCCAGGUCCUAGAUGCUGGCCACCAGUUGCUCGACUAUUGCUCGGGCUAUGUAGACUGCAUCCCGCAGACGCGGAACAAGUUUGCGUUCCGUGAGGCCGUGGGCAAGCUGGAACUGAGUCUUCAGGAAUUGCGGGCUUCUUCUACUGGUGGGGGAGGGGGUGUGGGUGCCCUGGACAACUUGCACUCUUGUAUAAAAGAGAUCAGUGAUGUGGUGCAGAGGUAGCCGGUGGGUCCACAUAUCUCCCCCCCUCAACCUGCCCCUCAAGACUUCCAAGUUUUUUUUUUUUG